UUCGAUACGCGGCACUUGAAAGUAGAGAGCCAGAGAAUUUGAGCAGUGCAGAUAAAUAUUUGUGUCUUCAAUCUUCACUACGCUUGCUUCCCUGGGCAUCUCUGGUAUCAGCUGCAAUGGCGAGAGCGGCCUGCAAUCACUUUAUCCCCAGUUUAGUGCAUCCAUUGAAGUCGACCCUCUACAGAAAUCAAUCUCUAUUCACCGGAAACUCUCACUUUACAGGCAUUUUUGGCCAUCGGCGGCGCUUCUCUUCAUCUAAGAUAAGCAUGAGCCUCAGAGCCGGUAUUGUUGGUCUUCCCAACGUCGGGAAAUCCACUCUCUUCAAUGCCGUUGUUGAAAAUGGAAAGGCUCAAGCAGCUAAUUUUCCUUUUUGUACAAUAGAGCCAAAUGUAGGGAUCGUUGCCGUUCCAGAUCAUCGUCUCCAGGUGCUUUCUGAUCUCAGCAAGUCUCAGAGAGCAGUGCCAGCAUCUGUAGAAUUUGUAGAUAUUGCUGGGCUAGUCAAAGGUGCAAGUCAAGGAGAGGGGCUUGGUAAUAAGUUUUUGUCUCAUAUUCGUGAAGUUGACUCUAUACUUCAGGUUGUGCGAUGUUUUGAGGACAAUGACAUUGUUCAUGUGAAUGGGAAAGUUGAUCCCAAGACUGAUAUUGAUGUCAUCAACUUGGAGCUUGUUUUCUCAGACUUGGAUCAGAUUGACAAAAGAUUGGAGAAACUAAAGAAGGGCAAGGCAAAAGAUUCUCAAUCUAGACUCAAGGAGGAAGCAGAAAAGUCUGCACUAGAAAAGAUCCGGGAAGCACUCAUGGAUGGAAAACCUGCACGCUCUGUGACCUUAACAGAUUUUGAAAGGGAUGCUGUAAAGCAUCUCUGCUUACUCACCAUGAAACCUGUCAUAUACGUGGCCAAUGUUGCGGAAUCUGAUCUAGCUGAUCCUUCAAGCAAUGACCAUGUAAAGGAAGUCAUGAAUCUAUCAUCUGAAUUGAAAUCAGGAAUUGUGACUAUUUCAGCACAGGUUGAAGCAGAGCUUACUGAACUACCAACUGAAGAAAGACAAGAAUACUUGAAAUCUCUUGGUGUCAGUGAAAGUGGUCUUGGCAAUCUAAUUAGGGCAACCUAUAACCUUUUGGGGCUUCGAACUUACUUUACUUCUGGUGAGAAGGAAACAAAGGCAUGGACAAUACUUGCAGGAAUGACUGCACCUCAAGCUGCUGGAGUCAUUCACUCGGACUUCGAGAAAGGCUUUAUUCGAGCAGAAACAGUGUCUUAUGAUGAUUUUGUUGCAUCUGGUUCACUUGCUGUAGCAAGAGAGAAAGGACUUCUUUGUAAAUACUCUUUCAUCUUUGAUGAGAUUUCCUGUAAUAAGAGUCAAACUUUGGACGAUUACUUGCCCAGGAGGAUCAAUAUCGGGCUGAGAUCUGAGGGUAAAGACUACAUUGUACAAGAAGGAGAUGUCAUGUUGUUUCGUUUCAAUGUAUGAUAGCACUUGCUGCUAUCAAGUGAGGAUCAACAGGGAAGUUGAUAUUUAAUGCACAACGACAGAUAGGGCAUUUUUUCAGCCAAUUGCUGAGUAUAGAUUUGAAAGGCAUUCUUAUUGUUGUAUUUUUGGAAAAAUUCUGAAUUUUCUUUUUCGUGCAAGGAGUGUAUUAACAGCAGAACACUCGAUAGUUAUUUGUUUAGUCUUCUACACAUGCUUAAAAUAGAUAUGAAUAUGAUGUUUAUUGCAUUACUUCCAAGUUAACAAUUAGACCUUUCAAUAGUAAUGUAGGGAUAUUAGAAGGUGAUAUCUUUUUCUUAUUUUAUAUUCGAAUAUUUUAUUUUUAAUUAUCUUUUCUGCACUCAAUAUCCUUGCUGUCACACUGAUGUGAUUUCCUUGCUUCCAAGUAAUUGAAUGCUCAAUGCUAUUAUCUGUCAUCAUUUAUUAAUUUUGGCUUGCUUAGCUAAAAAUAUCUGAAUCUCAUCAGUUACGACUUAAAACCUAAGCUUAAAUGGAGUUUUUUAUGUGCUUAAGCACGUUAAGCUGGUGCUGGGUCGUAUUUUAUUGCCCUCCCUUGAAAACUAUUUUAGGAAUGUUCAAACUCUGAACAGAAAAUUUUGGUAAUCUGUAAAGAUAGAUAGAUAGAUAGACAGAGAGAAAAUGGCAUAUGUCAGCUGUUUACGCACACUAAUUUAUCACACUUUCACAGUUUAAAGUAUGUAGAAAAAUUCACCCAAAAAAAAAAUUCAGAAAAAUGUAAUUAUUUUUAAGAGCAAGUCUAUUAUUUGAUUUUUACAAGAAUUACUGUUAAAUUAAAGUUUUAUUACAAAAUAAUGUAAAACCACAUUUUCUUGAUUGGGUUAAUAAGUAUUAGAAAUAAUUAUAUUUACUUAUGUAUCUGUUACAAAUAGUAAUUAGUGGUUAUGACCAACCCAAUUUAGCUAACCAUGGUUAGGUUCAGUGCUUGAAAUAUAUAUAUUAUGACUACAGACUAAUACUCAUAUAUUGAAGUAAUCAGAUCAUUCUCAAAAGUCCUAUCUACGCUCUCUCUCUUUCAUGGAUUAUGUUCUCUUAAAUCCUUCAUGGUAUCAGAGCAGCGAUCUAUCUUAGACAUGGAGAAGACAACUGAAUCAUCUCAUUCAUCGAUGAUGAAGACUCCUCGCAAGAUCGUGGUCUUUGCUUCUCAAAGUGAUAUAAUCACUUUUACUCAUUUGAUUACUGUGAAGCUUGACGAGCACAAUUAUCUCUGGAAACAACAAAUUAGCACUGUAGUUCACGGUCAUGGUCUUGAGCAUUUUAUUGACAAGAAUGUCAAACCACCAACAAAAUAUGUUGCCAUUGGUGACGCCAAUGAUGGAGUCCAACCUAAUCCUAAUUUUCUUGGGUCUUGGAUGUCUUGUUCAAUGUUUGAAGCUACGCUUACUCGGAUCAUUGGAUCUGAGUCCUCUCUCCAGAUUUGGGAGUGAAUUCAGACGCAUUUUGGGGCCCAAACGAAGGCCGAAGUGUGCCAAUUGAAAACUCAGUUAAAGUCCACAAAGAAAGGUGAUCUCUCUGCCAAUGAUUAUCUUCUCAAAAUCAAGGGGAUUGUUGAUGCUCUUGCUGCCAUUGGACAUCCAAUAACUGAAUCAGAUCAUAUUGAGCAUAUUUUUGAUCAUCUCUCUUAAGAUUAUGAUCCAUUAUUACGAUACUUACUACCAGAAUAGAUCCGUACAUUGUUGAUGAGAUUGAAGCUGAGUUAUUAGCUCAAGAAGCUAGGAUUGAGAAAAAUAAGAAGUCUAUUACUGAGAGUGAAUCUUGUUCAUCCCAAGAACUCUUCUCGUGGUAGUCAUUCUAGUGGUAGCCAUCAUGGAAGAGGAUACUCCUCUAGAUCUAAUGGUAGGGGUGGCUCUGGCUUCAAUGGUUGUGGUGGUCGAUCUAAAAGUUUUGUGCCUUGCCAGAUCUGUACUAAGCCGGGUCAGUUUGUUGUUGAUUGCAGGCAUCAUUUUGAUGAGGAAUUUUAGGCUAUGAGCUUCGACGAUAAGCAUUUAGCUGGUGUUGGUCAUAUUGCAAAUUUUGCUACUACUGAUCUCUAAUUGAUCUAGAUUGGCACCUUGACUCUGGAGCUACAACUCAUGUCACUCGUUCAUGCAAGAAUGUUGAUGAUAAGUUAGGUGAUAUCAACUCUAAAUUAGUUUUUGUUGGUAAUGGUGCUGGUUUGUUAGUUCAUUGUAAUGGACAUUCUACUGCUUCUUGUGCUAAUUACCAUCUAAACAUGUCUAACAUUCAUCAAGUCCCUUCUAUUACCAAAAAUUUGCUCAG